CUCCCAGCACAGAGUCCUGCAGGUGACGCGGCGCUCGGUGCGGGUCCGCGCAGACACCGCAAACAAAGGGCUGGUGUGUGGGGGGCUCCCGGAGCGAAGCCGGGGAGGCAGCGAAGUGUUCCCUGGACACCCUCGGCCAGCCCCGCACCCACGGAGAUCACAGACGGGGUCGCGCCUUCCUGCAGACUGAAGAUUUUUGCAGAUUCCCAGAGCGUCUGGGAAACAUUCGAAAUGUCCAGAGAGAAACGGGAUUCACUUAAAGCGCGGUGGUUCGAUUGUUAAGGCGUUGUCUACCUAGGGAGAUGUGUCUGUGCGUUUUGUACCCCCCCCCCCCCUCUCUCUCGGCAGGGAAGUGGGUGGACCGUAUUCUGGGUGCGGAGAGAGUACUGGGUGGGUGCAGUGAGCGCCAGAACAUUGACAAAAGGCAAAGGCAGCCGGUUGUACAGUUCCACCCGGCAGUUGCAAAAGCAAGACGGUCUGACCCCCGGGUGCCGUUGUGGUAAAAACGAAGGGGAGUAAACACCGAAAUACCAUAAUGUGAACAUCUCCAACGCAUUCACCCCGGGAUCCAGGCAGUGUUGGAUUUCGGAAGUUUGUGUCUCCGGCUGCCUUGUGUUCUAGCUCCUGGGCGAGUCUCCUCCCUCUCGGCUGCCGGUGGUUGGCUCCCGGGAUCCUUUAUAAAGCGUGCAUGGCUUUCGGUUGAUGGACAAUUGCUGGAUGCGGGAGCAAGGCGGGCCACGCUGAGUGAGCAGAGUGUGUUCAGACCGAAACAACACACAAAAAAAGAAAAUCCCCGCGAGGAACUCGGGGUCCGCGGAGAACGGAGGAACCCAAGACCCGGGACACCUCGAUUCCUUCUGCAAGGACACGGGCUCAACUCGCGAUGCAGGUCACCAGUUCUCACCGUUAGCAUCUUGAAGACCGAACGCCCCCCUCCUCGUUUCCUCCACUCUCCUCCCGACGCCUUUUAAAGACGGGUUCUUGCCUUGCAAACAAAGAAAUGAAUUCUACUUAUUUCAACCAGACUGUGGUAGAGGCAGAUUUGUACUCCGCCAAGGGACACGGUCUGGGUACAGUCCUUGGGUGUUGCAACCAAAGCGCAGUGACUACUGACGGCUCCCUCAACCUUAACCAAGAGGAGCAGAAACUCUUUAUUAUGAGAGUGGUGCAGAUCGCCGUACUCUGUGUGCUCUCGUUGACUGUUAUCUUCGGUAUUUUCUUUCUGGGUUGCAAUUUAAUGAUCAAAUCUGAGAGCAUGAUCAAUUUCCUGGUGAAAGACAGGAGACCCUCCAAGGAUGUAGAGGCUGUGAUAGUUGGCUUGUAUUAGGAGGAGCCCGCUUCACCUUUUUUUAAAAAAAAGAUCAGUGAGCUAGUGCUGAUUGUACACUGUCCGCUGAGAACCUCCCCGGUGCAGGGAGAGGUACCCGGGGCGGUGAGGUUAAAGGACGGGUCGGUGGGUUUAAACAAAGAGGGAAAUGGAAACGCGUAAAAUGGUUGCACGUGGCAUAAAAUCACAUUUUCUUAAAUCGAGUUUCUGGGGAAUUGUUGGAAUUUGCAGAUGGAUGUUUUGUGCCCUUGCUGAGCACGAGAGCAUUAUUUUGCAUGCAGAACCGGUAAUAAUUAAACAUUGCAUGAAAAAAAAUCACACGUAUAAAAGGAUCGGAAUGUGAAACGGGCGAUGGAGCGAGAGGACAGGGGAGAUCUGACCGUUGGGGUUCUAGAAGCGAAUAUUGCAUGUGAAGGUAUCUGCCGAUCAUUGUUAAAAUUUAACACGUAAUGUACAGGAACCUGACUCCGAGCUGCGAACAAAAGAAAAAUCCAGAACAUUUUGUAAUAUAUUUUCUCGAGGACGAGUUUUUAAUCGCAUGUUUUGUUUCCGCAAGUCGGUGCCUGUUUAAUUCCUCAGUCCGUUUCCCCUGUCUGGGCUGGUUUGUUGGAAUGACAUUGUAGCAUGGUGUCUAUCGUUGUCUCAAAGAGCUCGUGGUCUCCACUCGAUGUGACUUCGUUACACAGUACGACUUUUAAAGAUGAUUGUUUUUAACACUGUAAUGCAAAGUAUGAUUGAUAAAAAUAUUCCAAACACAA